GAAAUGGUUUCUCCGAUUUCUGAGUAAAUAGGAGCCAGAUUAGGGCUUCUUUUGGUUCAAGGGGUCCCGAAUAUGGAAGAAAAGAAGGCACAGCACUCGGAGAAGUCCAAAAUGUCCACUUCUAGGCGGAUGUCUGCGCCAAGCGGCCGAGAGUCGCAGCGAGAGCAGGCGCCCCCCUCCCACUCCCAGUCCAACCACAGCCGGGGAACGACAGCCUCGGCCACAGCCCUGCCGAAACCCCCGGCACACUCCCGGUCUAACAACAGGGCCGUGCCCAGGGGAGCCAGCAGCGGCAGGAUAGCGACUGGGGCCAGCAGUAGCCGCUCCACGGCGCGCCCCUGUAAGGAACACUCCUUCCUGACAGACGUGGCCGAUGUGAGGCAGAUGGAGCAGGGACUCAUCUCACUACUGCACGACUUCCACUCAGGGAAACUACAGGCUUUUGGUAAAGAUUGCUCAUUUCAGAAGAUGGAUAAUGUACGAGAAAUGCAGGAGAAACUGGCAAGGUUGCACUUUGACCUGGAUGCUGCCCAGGAGAACUAUGGUCUUGAUUCUGAAGAAGCAAAGGCCUCAGCCAAUAAACAGCUGGAUCAACUACUUGGAAAUCUGGAUCAGCUAAGCCAAUCAAUACAGAGCCUGCAUCCCAAAGAGACCCCUCCUGCUAACAGACAGGACACCACUCCAGGGUAGAUAGGAUGUCUAGAAUUUCAUUUGUCUCCGCUUCCUGUCAAAAUGCUACUUGUGAUGAGUGGAUCUCAUCUAUGGAGAACUGACUUUAGAGGCACCCCUCACCAGUGGUUGUCUGCGAUUUUGUACAUUUAGAUGAGGAUUUCUGCACUGUACACAAUGUAUUGACCAUAGUUGUUGCCAAACCCGUUACUCAUUGUGACAAAAAAUGAAGUAUUUGGCAUGUAAAUUGAUACCCUGGUUUCCAGAGAACAGCGCUCAACAGCUACGGGUCUUUCCCGAGUGGCCGAGCCCCUAGCAACAUGCCCCGUAAAUCGAAUUAGCCGGCCCAGGGAGUAACUUCCUUGGCCAGCUAGCGCUGUACUCUGAUAACCAGGGUAAGAUCAGUGAUGUUUGCUGUUGUUGCAAAGCAUUUGUGUACAUAUUGUGAAUAAACACUUCCGUAGUCUC